CAACACACACCAACAUACUUGAUUCUCCGCAAAUGUAGAAAAUUUGCAAGAUUUUCAAUUUGAAGAGCGAAGAAUCUCUGAAGAAAAAAAGAUGGGGUGGAUCAAAGACACUCUGACUUCUGUAAAAUCUAUCCAGUUGCGGCAGGCCCUCCAUCAGACGAUCAGCAUCGGUUUGAUUGUCACGUCGGCAUUGAUGAUAUGGAAGGGGUUGAUGUGCAUAACUGGAAGUGAAUCCCCGAUUGUCGUUGUUCUUUCUGAAAGUAUGGAACCUGGAUUUGCUAGGGGAGACAUUCUAUUCUUACGUAUGAGCAAAGAACCAAUUCGAGCAGGAGAGAUUGUUGUGUAUAAUAUUAAUGGACGUGACAUUCCAAUUGUGCAUCGUGUGAUCAAAGUCCAUGAAAGGAAAGAUACAGGAGAAGUCGAUGUCCUCACAAAAGGGGAUAAUAAUGGCGACGACGACAUAGGUUUAUAUGCUCCUGGUCAGCGCUGGCUGCAGCGAAAACACAUCAUAGGAAGAGCCGUAGGAUUCUUACCUCACGUCGGUUGGGCCACCAUCAUUAUGACAGAGAAGCCAUUGAUAAAGUACAUUCUUCUCGGUGGACUGGGGUUGCUCGUCAUUACGUCGAAAGACUAACAAAACGAAGCUCGAUCAGAGGAUCAAUGCAUCAGGUUCUUUGGUCCGAUCGAGAUUAAAGACCGAGUAUAGCUACUGUUCUUCCAUAGUGUCCAAAGUUUAGAAAUGCUAAGAUUUCAUGUGCUGACAUUAUUUCUGACCAGAAUGUUACUCUUUAUUCAAUUUAAAAGUAUUUUUAUUCAUAUUUUAA